AUGCGAAAUCUGACAGGGGAGCCGGAAAACCCGUUUGACCAGCAGUCGUACCAGUCAUCGGACGAGCGGUCGCACGGGUCGGGCGACUACCUAUACCCCGAAAACGACAGCUACCACGACGUUACCAGCCAGACGGACACGCCAAACCCCAGCGGCACCGAACAUCUGAUGCCGCAGGUGCCCAGCCGGGCCACAAAGCCGUACUUUGACAGCAACCACGACGGCGCCUCGUCACGACAACAUCUGGUGGACCGAUCUUCAUCUUCGGGCUCACUGGCAGGCAUGGGCGGAAGCAUGACGCCCAACGGGUUUGAUCGGUACCCGGACCGGAUUUCCUCGGUCAACAUUCGAUCUGCCACAGCGUCCGAGGUCGGCUCCAUCUCGGAGAAUGAUGACAACCCGUUUGUGGUGAACGCAGACUUUUCGCCGUUUGGCGGCUACCCAGCAUCGUCCUUCCCCCUGCACAUUGACGAGAAGGAGCAGGACGAUUAUCUACACAACCCGGACCCGGUGCUGGACCAGGAGAUGGACAAGCGGUGCCAGUGCCAGAAAAUGGACCGCCGGGGAAUCUCGUCGCUCAUCGCCUUCAUUCUGCUCAUUGGCGGCCUGAUUGUUGUCUUCAUCGUUCUGCCCAUCCUCACUUACUCCGGAGUCACUGAACGAGUGGCACACCCCGUCGUGCACAGGGAGGUCGAGGUGCUGUCGGCAUACCAAUUCCCCCAGCUCUCGUUCCGAAAGGAGCUCGUGGACCCCGAUACCCCCUCUUCGGCCAUGACACAUACCGCCGACGACGGCUCGAAAUGGGACCUCGUUUUCUCCGACGAGUUCAACAUGGAAGGACGAACCUUCUACCCCAACGACGACCCCUUCUGGACCGCCGUCGACAUUCAUUACGCUGCCACCAAGGAUCUGGAGUGGUACGACCCCGAUGCCGCCAUCACCGAAAACGGAACCCUGGUGCUCCAGCUGGACGCCUUCAAGUCGCACGAUCUCUACUACCGAUCUGGAAUGGUCCAGUCGUGGAACAAGGUCUGUUUCACUCAGGGGUAUAUUGAGAUCUCCGCGUCUCUGCCCGGCCAGGGUCGAACCCCCGGUCUGUGGCCCGGUCUCUGGACCAUGGGUAACCUGGGUCGUCCCGGCUACCUGUCCACCACCGAUGGUGUGUGGCCCUACGGAUACAACAACUGUGAUGCCGGAAUCACUCCUAACCAGUCUUCUACUGAUGGUAUCUCCUACCUGCCCGGUCAGCGACUUAACAAGUGUACCUGCAAGGGUGAGGAACAUCCCAAUCCCGGUACUGGACGAGGAGCUCCCGAGAUUGAUGCUCUUGAAGGUUCCGUCGGCCCCAAGGUCGGUGUUGCUUCCCAGUCUCUUCAGGUCGCUCCCUUUGAUAUUUGGUACAUUCCCGACUACAACUUCAUUGAAAUCUACAACGCCUCCGUCACCUCCAUGAACACAUACGCCGGAGGUAUGUUCCAGCAGGCCAUUUCUGGUAUCACCAUGCUCAACAACGACUGGUAUGAUGUGGUCAGUGUGGAAGGCCAGGACGAGUCCGAGCUGCAUUACCAAACGUUCGGUUUCGAGUAUCUCAACGAUGACGACAAGGGCUACAUCAAGUGGUUUGUGGGCCAGGACCCUACCUUCAACCUCCACGGCUACGCCCUGGGUCCCAACGGUAACGUGGGACGACGAGACAUUUCCAAGGAGCCCAUGUCCAUCAUUAUGAACCUGGGUCUGUCCAAUUCUUGGACCUACAUUGACUGGCCCGCUCUUAAUUUCCCCUCUAAGCUGCGAAUUGAUUACGUUCGAAUCUACCAGCCCUCCGAUCAGCACAGUAUCACCUGUGACCCGGACGACUACCCUACCUACGACUACAUUGAGAAGCACAAGAACGCGUACGAGAACGCCAACUUGACCCUGUGGACCGAUGCCGGUUACACCUUCCCCCAAAACACCCUGAUGCACAGUUGCACUUAG